CAUCACCUGUGUCUGUAGGUGUAUAUCUAUAUCUCUCUAUAUAUAUACACACACACAACGACCCUCCCAACACUCCAAUUUUGACUACUGGAUUCUAUUUCUUCAGUCUCCUCUCUCACACUUCAUUCAUUCAUUCGCACACCUUCCUUCCUUCUCUCUGGGUUUCGGAUUACUCACUGGUGCCGAAAUUGGAGAGAUUUGAGACAAGAUAGAUCACAGAUCAUUGUAGCAAACUUCGAUUCUUUGCCGGGCAAUGGAUUUCCUAGAAGCAAAUGAGAUCCCGAUAGUCAUUGCUGUUUUUGCUGUUGCCAUUGUUGCAUUCUUACUUCUUUCCAAGAAACCUAAAGGGUGCAUAGAUCCUGAAAACUUCAGGGAAUUCAAGCUUGUGAAACGCACACAACUUAGCCAUAACGUUGCGAAAUUCAGAUUUGCUCUUCCUAAACCUACAUCAGUGUUGGGACUUCCUAUUGGACAGCAUAUUAGUUGCCGGGGUAAAGAUAGCCAAGGUGAAGAGGUUAUUAAACCGUACACCCCAACCACUUUGGAUAGUGAUGUUGGAUAUUUUGAGUUGGUUAUUAAGAUGUAUCCACAAGGUCGUAUGUCCCACCACUUCAGAGAGAUGAAAGAAGGUGACUAUAUGGCAGUAAAGGGACCAAAGGGGCGCUUCAAGUAUCGACCUGGUGACGUGCGAGCAUUUGGAAUGAUUGCUGGGGGCUCGGGCAUCACUCCAAUGUUCCAGGUUGCCAGAGCUAUUCUAGAAGACGAAUCAGACAAGACCAAGUUGGAUCUCAUCUAUGCUAACAUUACAGUUGAUGACAUCCUUCUUAAGGAAGAAAUAGACACACUUGCUACCAAAUACGCUAGCCGCUUCAAAGUUUACUAUGUGUUGAAUCAGCCACCGGAGGGAUGGACAGGCGGUGUUGGCUUUGUAACAAAGGAAAUGAUUGCAGAGCAUUUUCCCGCUCCUGCUUUUGAUAUUAAGAUCCUAAGGUGUGGUCCGCCACCAAUGAACAAGGCAAUGGCUGCGCAUCUUGAAGCUUUGAAUUACGGACCGGAACACCUGUUUCAGUUCUAAAUGUGGAACCAGAUUUGUUGUAUUUGAGAUGUUUCAUGUCCUCCAUUUGAAUAAAGUAUUUGUCAUUGUAUCAAUUCAUCAUAGGAUUUGGCCCGUUAACGGUCUAGAUGGGCUCGGUUUGAGACAUGAAAUUGCUGCAUGCAUAACUCGGCCAUUUGGAAUUCUUAUCUCAUUUUUCAAAUUUGGUUUCUGCCUU